AUGGAGAAAACAGAAGAGCAGAAUUCUAAAGUAGAUGAUGAUACUGAAAACCCAACCGUGAAAAGAAAAGUGAGUAAACCCAGUAAGAAACUGGACAAAGCUAAAGAAUAUAAUGGUUCGAAAUCCUCACAGAGCUACAGAGUCGUGGGGAGUGUGGAAGUUCCAGAAGGAGAGAACGUGAGUAAUCAAGAGGAUGAACCAGCCAAAGAAAUCCAAGAGGAAACAAGCCACCAGAGGUCAAGGAAUAAAGAGAAUGUUCUGACUGCCUCCAGAGAAGACAAUUCGCUGGACGAAGGAGCUGUCCUUAGCUUGGCUGCCGACUUCUCAGCAGCGACACUGGACAUCAGUAAGCAGUGGGCGAGCAUCUUCAACAUUCUGAGAGAGAACAGUCUAGAACCUGAGGUGCUGUGCACGGUUAAAUUAGCAUUUAAAUGUGAUGGGGAAGUAAAGACCUUUUCAGACCUUCAAAGCCUCAGAAAAUUUAUCAGCAAAAAGUCUUUCCUGAGAGAAUUACUGAAAGAUGUGUUUCCACAAAAUGAAGCAACAAAUCAAGGAAGAAUUUGGAUUCAAGAAAGACUGGGUAAAACUCUAGGAGACACAAAGCAUGAAAUUAGAGGAACAGCAAGUGAUGGUCUGAGCUUCCUGUUCAUCAAAGAGCAUGACUUUGAGGAAAUAAGUUUAAUUGGUUUAGUAAUAGAUUCUGAGUCAGAAGAAGAAGUAAAAAUAAAGACUAAGAAAAAGAAGACCUUAUUUGGACUUAAAGAAAUUUCUUUCAGUUACUUGGUUUGGGAUUCUGAGAAGAAAAAGCUGGUGAAGUGCCAGGAGGAAGAAGGAACUACUAUUCCCCAAAGUCAAAGAGUUGCAACACCCUGUUUAACCUUGUACUUGGCCCCACCAUCAGAAUCACUAGAGAUAACUAAUGGUGAUCCUAAAUGGCAUUCAUGUGCGAAUCUGAGUCCUCCCUCACAAGUUACCUCACUUUUAAAGAACAUACAGAAAAGGAGACCCAGAACGCCACAAAUAGAGGAGCUAACAGCCAAGGAAGCAGCCUUAAUCCAGGAAACCGAUGAAAACUUUAGAAGUGUGAUCAGUAUGUUUAGAGAGUUGAAAGGGGAGAUUGAAUAUGUAAAGAAAUGGUACGGUAAGGAAGUCUUAGAGAUUAAGAAUUCAGUGGAUGAUCUGAAUAGUUUAGCUUGCAUGAUUGAAGGGAGAGUGAAUGAUCAAGAAAAUGUAGUGGAAGGAUUGACUAAGGAUACAGCUCAAUUGGCCAAGGAGAUAACUGAUAAAGAACGGCUAAGAGAUAAAGAAGACAGGUUGCGAAGCUCCAAUAUCAGAGUGAUAGGAAUCCCAGAAAAAGAUGACAAAGAGAAUGGAGCAGAGGACAUAAUUAAAGAAAUAAUUGAAGAAAACUUUCCAGAGUUUAAAGACCUGAGUCUUGAGAUUCUCAGUGCUCAUCGAAUACCCAGUACAGUUGAUGAAUACCAACUCACUCCUAGACACGUGUUGGUGAGGUUUUGUGAUUCUAGUGAUAAGCAGAAAAUCCUAAGAGCUUCUAGAGAGAGAGAAGAAAUAACCUACAGAGGAACAAGAAUCCGAAUGACAGCUGACUUAUCACCAGGCACCAUAGAUGCUAGAAGUCGGUGGGCCAGAAUCAUAGAAGUUCUGCAGAAAGAAGGCUUUCAACCAAGAAUCCUUUAUCCAGCCAAAUUGGCGUUCAAUUUUAAGGGCAAAACCAAGGUAUUUUUUGAUAUUGAAGAAUUCAAGAAGUUUGUUUCUGAUAUACCCUCUUUGAAAGAAUUGUUGGACAAUAUACUUUAG